ACGAAAAGAAAAAAGGAAAAAAGAUGAGAAUUCACGAUGGUAGUCUCAUUUGGACAACGAACGAAGAUGUUGUUGAAGGACUUUCAAGAUCCUCUGCAAAAGAUUCAUCUGAUUCAACAGAGGACGCCUCCUCUUCUUUUUCUUCAAAUGGGGCUUUUGACGAUUUAUCAGACCUCAUCUCUCAGCUACCGACCAUCCACGAGAAGAAAGGACUUUCAAAGUAUUACAAAGGCAAAUCUCAGUCAUUCACAUCUCUAGCAAAGGUAACAUGCCUUACCGGUCUUGUCAAGAGAAGACCAAGAAUGAAGACUUGCAGGAGCUCUGGGGGGCAUUUGGAUCAAACCUGCAAAAGGCUAUAUCGACCCAACGCUACAAUCUCCAUGAAAGCCACAAGAACAGCAUCUUCAACUCGUUCCAAUUCAAGACUAAUUAACCUUGAACCUUUUCAUGAUUCAACUACACUAAGUUCAAUGACAUGACAAUAAACUUUCCGGUUCAGUUUAACAUUGUAAUCAUUUGUAUACAAGGUCGCCCAAGAUAAAUGAAAAUAAAAGAUAAUUUAGAGUUAAAGAACCGUCUUUCUCACUACUAGAACAGAAAAAAAAAA